CACAAUUGUUGAGUUUAAAUUAACUAACAAAAUUUUUAAAUUUAUUCGAGAAAAAAAAUAAUUAAAUAACAAUUGCUUUGAAUGUAAAUUAAAUCAACAAAAAAAAAACGGAAAAUUUUUAAAACAGAGUUACCAUAGCUUUACGAGAAAAAAAGUAGUAAAAGAAAGUGUUAAAACGACUCAAAAAAAAAUAACUCAUACUCAAAUCGAUAACAAAAAUACAAAAAACAACAUAAGCUUAAGAAAGGUUCAAGAAAGAAAAAAAUUUUAAACAAAAAAAAUCUGCAGCCAUAACAGCAACGAGUGCCAGCCACCGUUCAUAUGCCGGUCUGAGCCAGUAAAAGUCAAUACGAUACCAAACGUAACGGACGUGUUUAACGACGCGUUUUAAAACCUUAAAAAACAAGAAACCAAAUUUUGAUUUUAAACUUAAAUUUGUUUGUAACAAAUUAUUUUAAACUAAAAAAACUAAAAACAAAUAUAAAAUGAAGUAUUUAUAUUUGUUAUUACUAACGCUGCCAUUGCUGACAUGCUCAUAUCCAGCAGAGGCCGAGGAGAAGACAAUUUCACUGGAUGAUGUAACGGUGGAUAGUGAUUUGGCGGCCAGUGAUAAAGAUUCACAAUUACAAAAACGUUCAGGGGGUGGUAGUGCGGAUUAUGCGCUGCAUUUAAAACAAGGAUUCUUAUCUAGUCUGGGUCAUGCCUCUGCUUCUAUAGCGUCGGGCAGUUCGGGCGGUAGUAGUGGUGGUGGUUAUGGCUAUAAAUCAUAUGGCGGAGAUGGUCAUCAUGGCAAUUCUGUGGAGUAUAAUCCUUGGUCCUUAAAGAAAACCGUGCUUAAUACCAUAUUCCAAGCCGUUAAGGCCAUUACGGGAGGUGUUACCGCCCUUAAGGGUCAAUUGAUUAAGGGCAGUGGUUAUGCUUUAAGUGCCAGUGGUCAAGUAGUGGCCGCCUCGGGUGAUAAAGUUACCGAUGUUGGCAAAUAUAUUAUUAACUCAGCUCAAAGUAAAUUACAACCUAUACCCAGCGGCGGCGGCGGUGGUCAUCCCUUUGGCAAGUUUGCUUCCUUGUCAGGAGCUUCUUCGGGAGGCAGCAGUAGUAGUGGCGGUGUUAAACAUCCCUCUGGUCCAGUUGUUCAUACAGAAAGCAUAACAUCAUACGAAAUACCAAGUGGUCACUCUAGCUAUGGUCCACCAUCAAAGCCACCAACAUUUAGCAGUGCCACACAUCAGUAUUUACCACCAUCCGGUUCAGGUGGUUAUACUGGUGGUGGUGCCGGUUACGGUGGUGGACAUGUAGCAUUCGAAGCGCCAUCUAGCAAUUAUUUACCAACAGCCUAUGGACCAGAUGCUUCUACAGGCCAGGAGUUUAAUAUUUAUGGACGUCAUCAUAAAUUAACCGAUGAAGAAGCACGCAAGGCAGCCGUACAAUUGCAGGAAAUUCUAAAUAUGUUGCCCAAUGGUAAAACCGAAUAUACAGCCUCCAAAACUGUUACUCUAGAUACCUCAAAUUCGGGUGGUUAUAGCACGGGUUAUGGCACUGGAACUGGCGAAGGUGUAGAUUUAAAUUCAUAUGGUUUACCCAAUGAUUUGGGUCCUUUAGAAUCUCUCUCGCAUACCGAACAAAUUACGGCUGCCUAUGGAACCAAAAAUCCCUAUGAUUUGUACCAUCAAAUGCGUAAACAGAAACAAACUCCCGAAGAGGUUUACAUAGAGAAACAUCCCAAUGAGGGUUAUGACUAUAAACCAGCUUAUAAGCCAGAAAACCCAAAUACCUAUAAAUAUGACAACUAUCAUGCUUCUACGGGAGGUUCCAAUAAAGAUUCUCUACAAGAUUUAUCUCCCAUAAUAGCUGCCCUAGAGGUGGCCCAAAAGCAACAACCCGCCAAAACUCAAGUUUCUUAUGCAGUGGAAAAGAAUGUGCAUAAAAUUCCAGCUCAACAUGGGCCAGCAAAGUUUUUACCACCGGCUGUACAAAAAACGAAAUACAUCUACUAUCAACCCACUCCCGCUAAAUAUGAAUAUCAUACUCAGCAAUACAAUACAAGACCAGUCUAUAAUGGUCCCUAUAAAGUAAAACGUAGUGCUGUGGAUAUGGCACCAGUACGUCCCCGGCAUAAAAUGCCAAUGUUUUCAGCUCCUGAUUUUGAAAAUCAAGAUACUAUGUUGUAUAAUCCUAUGUUGAGUGAUUUUUAAACGAUUUGAAAAACGAACACUUGCAAAACUAUAUUUAUUUAUUGGAAUUUUGAAAAUUGUUUAAAUUAAAAUUUAGUCUCUAGUCUAAGUCAUUUAGAGUAUUCCUAUGCAUUUUUAUAUUUUACAUAAUUUACAAAUAUUA